UCUGCUCCUAAUAGAUCCAUAGCACAGGCUCAGUGGAAGAUGGCGACGGGAGUCCUUCAAAGAGUGAGCAGGGGCUUGGGUCGGGCUCAAAUCAGAACCCGUUGGACCGGACAGCUUGUCAUCGGGAGCAGGGGAUUUGCAUCAAGCAGCCAGAACAGAGAGAACAGCUGGUUUAAGUCCCUGUUUGUGAGAAAAGUAGACCCCAGGAAAGAUGCACACUCAACUCUUCUGACUAAAAAUGAACAAAGUAACCUUUACAAAAUCCAGUUUCAUAAUGUGAAGCCAGAGUGCUUGGAUGCCUACAAUAAACUCUGUGAGGAUGUGUUGCCAUCAAUCCAUGUGGAUAAAUAUUAUCCAUGUGAGCUGGUGGGCACCUGGAAUACCUGGUAUGGAGAACAGGACCAGGCUGUGCAUUUGUGGCGGUACAGAGGUGGCUAUCCAGCUCUUACAGAGGUGAUGAACAAACUUAGACAAAACAAGGAGUUCACAGCAUACAGGAAAGAACGGGGAAAGAUGUUGUUGUCUCGCAGAAACCAGCUCCUCUUGGAAUUCAGUUUCUGGAAUGAACCAACUCCUCGGGAAGGUCCCAACAUCUAUGAACUGAGGUCCUAUCAACUUAGGCCAGGAACCAUGAUCGAGUGGGGUAACUACUGGGCGAGGGCCAUUGGAAUUCGUCAACACAACAGUGAAGCAGUUGGAGGAUUUUUCUCACAGAUAGGAGAUCUUUAUAUGGUUCACCACUUAUGGGCUUACAAAGACCUCCAGUCCAGAGAUGUCACAAGGAAUGCUGCAUGGCAGCAAGAGGGCUGGGAUGAGGUUGUGUAUUACACAGUUCCUCUUAUUCAGCACAUGGACUCAAGAAUAAUGAUACCUACAAAAGCCUCUCCAUUGCAGUAAAAUGUCUUAUGACAACUCUUUAAUGGCACUGUAUAUUUAUUCAGAGAGAAUUUAACUCUGAGAACCUCUGAUCAUUGCUGCCAAUUAUGUUGUUACUGUCUGGUUAAGUUGGACUAAUCCCAAAAGGGUGAUUGAUAAAGGAACAGGUCCUUGGUUUUUUGAACCACCACUAGAUGGAUUAUCUUAAUUAUAAGACCCACCAAAGUUACUUGAAAUCCUGAGCAGCUGUUUUUGUACAUUUCUGACUACUGCUAAAACUAAUGCUGGUGUUUUUGCACAGGCUUAUUAAAUGCCCAUUUAAUUUCAUUACACAUUCAUUUCAAACAAAGGAACUAUCGUUUUACUUUUUUCCCCCAGAUGUUUUUUUCUUAGUUUGUUUCUAUUUAUUGUCAGAAAAUAUAAUAUGCAUUUUUGCAUAUGCUGCCCCCAGUCUAGGUGGUUUUAGGACAUAAACCACCCAUGUGUUUGAGAUUCUGCCAUAUCUACAAAUCACAAAAUGUGAGACAUUGUAAAGCAUGUGAAAACAAAAAGAUGAUUAAAAUGUAUUUUAAAAA